UCUAGCGAUUAGUCGCUUCUUUAUGCUGAAGACGGCGGUAUUUAUUCACUUUAAAGCAGCCCAAUCGAUGUGAGAGAACGCAAAAGACAUCCUGUGUAAUGGAGGCAGGUUGGCCUACAAUCUUUCUGUGUGCUCUUUUCAUGUUUUCUGUCGAAGGUGCGAGCUUUACUAAACAACCUCAAAAUUCACUCCUUACUGUGGAAGGUGACAAUGUUACACUGGAAUGGAGGUACACCUUAGACGAAGGUGAAUCACUUCGUAUGGUGUUAUUUGAAAAUGAUACAGAGGAGAUUGUGGAAAAAAUUCCUUCCGAUAACUUACCUUGGAUAGACUCCUCGUACCAAGGUCGCUUAUACGCGAGCGUAACAAAUGAACGCGCAUCAUUUGUUUUCCUCGGAGUAAAGAGAUCGGACGCGGGAGGCUACACGCUAAAAGUAAACACUAGGAAAAGCAGACUUAGAGGAGAAGUGGAGAUUUCAGUACUAUACAUUCCAGAGAUCACUGCUCACCCGCAGAAUGUAACUGAAAAAGAAGGAGACAAUGCUACCUUCAAUUGUAACGCUAUGGGAAAUCCUGUACCACAAAUAUCAUGGAAUAAGGGAGGAUCACCUCUUGGUAACACCUCCAGUAUUAGUUUGUCAGCGGAUAACAAGGACCUAACUAUAAAGAAUGUGAACAGAGUAGACAGCGGUGAAUACCGAUGUGUGGCCACCAACAGCCUUGGAAAUGAUACCUCCAAUCCUGCUUACCUAGGAGUGCAAUAUAAACCCGAGAUACGCACUGUUCCACGAUUGAUUCAAAGAACCGAAGGAGACGAAGUAACUUUACUUUGCAACGCCAUCGGAAAUCCAGCACCUACAGUAUCAUGGACCAAAAAUGGGUUUCCUCUCGACAACAGUAACAGUUCUAGAAUGAAUUUUUCUAAAAAAGGAAAGCAGCUCACUAUCAAGAAUGUGAGCAAAAUAGAUGGUGGAGUGUACCUAUGUGCUGCAGAAAACAGUCUUGGAAAUGCUACGUCUCACGAUACUACCCUAGAAGUGCAUUAUCCACCUGAAGUGACAAUGAUUGGUGGUCCACAACAGUUUGCAGUUGUCGGUAAAACAAAGAAACUCGUCUGCAAGUACAAUGCUGUACCACCAGUGUCUGAAGCGCAAUGGAUAAAAGAUGGAAUUGUGAUUUCUAGAAACGCUAGUCUGCUAAUCCGUAACGAGUCCCGCCUUACUGUUCCAUAUUAUAAUGAAAGUCAAUUACAGUUGCUUAUAAAUCAAAGUACCUCUCAAGAUGCUGGAAACUACACCUGCCUAGUUAUCAAUGCUGUUGGCAACUCAUCCCUGAAGACGUCAGUUAUAAGCCAAGAAUUGCCAUCAAUUACUAUUUAUCCAAGAAGGGAAACUGUUCUAGAAGGAAAAAAGGUAACUCUGUCUUGUAACGCCACCGGAAAUCCAGGACCGUCAAUAUCUUGGGUCAAAGAUGGAUUUUCAGUAAACAACAAUUCACGGAUCAGCUUCUCACCAGACAAUGAGCGGUUGACUAUAACGAAUGUAAGCAGAACAGAUAGCGGUGAAUACCGAUGUGUGGCGAAGAACAGAGUUGGAAAUGACACCGCAAAUUCCAAAGUGGGUGUUCUUUUUGAACCCGAAGUGUCAAUUGAUGGCAAUCAAAAGCAAUAUUUGGCCAAGGGCGGCAAUAUCCGGCUGAUAUGUCGGUAUGAAGCGUCGCCACCAGUGUCUGAAGUGCAGUGGAUAAAGGAAGGAACUGUGAUUGCUAGGAAUGCUUUGAAGCUGAUGAAUGGUUCCAGAGUGACAAUUCCAUCCUUUAAUGAAAGUCAAAUACAGUUAUCAAUCACUGCAGCUUCUUUAAGGGAUGGGGGAAAUUACACCUGUAACGCCACGAAUAUUUUAAGCAGCACACAGGACACGAUGAUGAUCAUAAUUGAAGAUAAACCUGAGAUCGCAACUCAUCCUCGCAAUAUCACAACAGAAGAAGGUCAUGGCGUGACUUUGUAUUGUAAUGCUACUGGAAAUCCAGCCCCGACCAUAUCAUGGACCAAGAAUGGAAAUCUGUUAAGUAACGGCUCUAGGAUCAUUUUGUCAGCAAGCCAAGAACAGUUGACGAUAACGAAAGUGAACAGAAUAGACAGUGGCAAAUACAAAUGUCGAGCGAAAAACAGAGUUGGAAGGGAUACUUCUUACGCUUCCACAGUUAAUGUUCAGUAUCAAACUAAGAUCGUUUCUCAUCCUCAAGCGAUUGUGACAGAAGAAGAGGGAAAUAAUUUAACUUUAUUUUGUAAUGCCACUGCAAACCCACCAGCGAACAUAUCAUGGACCAAAGAUGGUUCUCUUAUAAACAAUAAUUCCAGGAUAAACUUUUCAGACGAUAAUAAGCGCUUGAAUAUACGAAAUGUAAACAGAAAAGACAAGGGGAGUUACCGAUGUGUGGCGAACAACAGCCUUGGAAGUGAUACCUCAAACGUUUCUACUGUUGAUAUCCAAUAUCGACCUGUGAUAGUUAUUCAACCGCAGAAUGUUACGGAACCAGAAGGGAAGAAUGUGACAUUAACUUGUAAUGCUACUGGAAAUCCAGAGCCAGAGCUGUCAUGGUUCAGUGAUGAACAUCUCGUGAAAAGCGGCAACAGGAUUAGUUUGUCAGCAGGCAACCAGUCACUGAUUAUAGCGAAUAUGAACAGAACAGAUAGCGGAGAAUAUCUGUGUGUCGCCCAUAAUAAAGUUGGAAACGCUUCCUCGAAAGUUGCCAUAUUAAAUGUUCAAUAUCGACCGGAAAUCAUCACCGAUCCCUCUGAUGACUCGGUGAAAGAAGGAAAAAGCACGACAUUCUAUUGUAACGCGACUGGAAAUCCAUUACCAGAAAUAUCGUGGGAAAAAAAUGGAAAUCCUAUCGGAAAUAAUUCCAAGAUCAGUUAUUCAGCAGAAAGCAAAGAGUUGAAAAUAAUAAAUGUGAAAAGGACUGACAGAGGAACAUACCGAUGUGUGGCUGUCAAUAGAAUUGGUAAUGCCACCUCACGUAAUGCCACGUUAGUUGUGAAAUAUCGACCUGAGAUAGUUACUGAACCGCAGAAUGUAACGAAAACAGAAGGGAACAAUGUGACUUUAACUUGUAAUGCUACUGGAAAUCCAGAGCCAUAGCUGUCAUGGUUCAUUGAUGAACAUCGCGUAAAAAGCAUCAACAGGAUUAGUUUGUCAGCAGGCAACCAGUCGCUGAUGAUAGCGAAUGUGAACAGAACAGAUAGCGGAAAAUACCUGUGUGUCGCCCAUAAUGAAGUUGGAAAUGCUUCCUCGAAAGUUGCCAUAUUAAAUGUACAACAUCAACCGGAAAUUACCACCGAUCCCUCUGAUGACGUGGUAAAAGAAGGAAAAAACACGACAUUAUAUUGUAACGCAACUGGAAAUCCAUUGCCAGAAAUAUCGUGGGAAAAAAAUGGAAAUCCUAUCGGCAAUAAUUCCAGGAUCAGUUCUUCAGCAGAAAGUAAAGAGUUAAAAAUAAUAAAUGUGUACAGGACAGACAGUGGAACAUACCGGUGUAUGGCUGUCAAUAGAAUUGGUAAUGCCACCUCACGUAAUGCCACGUUAGUUGUGAAAUAUCGAUCUGAGAUAGUUACUGAACCGCAGAAUGUUACGGAAACAGAAGGGAAGACUGUGACAUUAACUUGUAAUGCUACUGGAAAUCCAGAGCCAGAGCUGUCAUGGUUCAAUGAUGAACAUCCGGUUAAAAGCAACAACAGGAUUAGUUUGUCAGCAGGCAACCAGUCGCUGAUGAUAGCGAAUGUGAACAGAACAGAUAGCGGAAAAUACCUGUGUGUCGCCCACAAUGAAGUUGGAAACGCUUCCUCCAAAGUUGCCGUAUUAAAUGUACAAUAUCAACCGGAAAUUAUUACCGAUCCCUCUGAUAACGUGGUGAAAGAAGGAAAAAACACGACAUUAUAUUGUAACGCAACUGGAAAUCCAUUGCCAGAAAUAUCGUGGGAAAAAAAUGGAAAUCCUAUCGGCAAUAGUUCCAAGACCAGUCAUUCAGAGUUGAAAAUAAUGAAUGUGUACAGGACAGACAGUGGAAAAUACCGAUGUGUGGCUCUCAAUGGAAUUGGUAGUGCCAUCUCACGUAAUGCUACAUUAUUUGUAGAAUACCAAAGUAAGAUCACUACUCAUCCUAGUAAUGAAACAAAAAGAGAGGGAGAAAACGUUACGUUACACUGCAAUGCUACUGGAUAUCCUCCCCCUGCUCUAUCAUGGACGAAAGAUGGGUCUGACAUAAGUAACAGCUCCAGGAUCAGCUUUUCAGCAGACGAAGAGCAGUUGGCAAUAACCAAUACCAGCCGAGUAGACAGCGGAGUAUACCGAUGUGUGGCGUCUAACCGUCUUGGAAAUGAUACAUCUGGUGCUGCUUUUGUAGAUGUCCAGUUUGCACCUGGAAUCUCCAUACCUCCGAGGAAUGUCACAGUAGUAAAAGGAGAACAUGUGACUUUUACUUGUUCAGUGGUGGGGAACCCGACACCCAGUGUUAUUUGGACAAAGAAUGGAGAAGACCUGAAUGUAACAGCAAACAGUCGAUUAAAAUUGUCGUCUAGGAACCGUAAUCGCAGUUUAGAAAUUGCAGAAGUUGACCUCUCAGACUCAGGGCAAUACAUAUGUGUGGCUAAUAACAGCCAGGGUAAAUUAUCCUCAUCUGCAGCUACCCUCACAGUACAGUAUGUACCAGACCCACCAAAGGAUGUCGAAGUGAUCUCAAGAGGAUCACGGGAAGUAAAUAUCUCCUGGACGGCUGGGUUUGACGGAAACAGUGCCAUCCAGAACUACACAGUGAAAAUCAGUGAAGAUGAGCAGACUUUCAAAGAUGCCAUAUGUCAAGGAACACUCAUAGACAGUGCUUGUGUGAUUUACUCCACGAGAGUUUCUAUUAAAAAGCUGUUUCCUUGGACAAAAUAUUACCUCAAGGUGUUCGCCAGGAACGUUAUUGGUGCUAGUAGCCACAGCUCCGUUGUAAAUGUUACCACCAAUGAAGAAGUGCCAAGUUCUGCUCCAGCUUUCAAGGUGACUGCCCUCAAUUCUACGGCUGUAAAAGUUUCUUGGCAGAUGCUCUCUAACCAAGAUGCCAGAGGCAUUAUAAUGGGCUAUUACAUUCUGUACAAGAGGAAAAUUGAGCCAGAGGCAUCGUGGAGGAACAGAACUGUUAACAAGGCGAAUACUACGUCUUUAGUACUGGCGUCUCUAGAUGAAUACACAUCGUAUCAGUUUGCCAUACAGGCUUUCAACAGUAAGGGUAUAAGUAAUCGGAGUGAAAUUGAGGAGACGAAGACAGAUGAAGAUGUGCCACGUGCUGCUCCAGCUUUCAAAGUGACUGUCCUCAGUUCAACGGCUGUAAACGUUUCUUGGCAGAUCCUCACUAAACAAGAUGCUAGAGGCGUCAUUCUGGGUUACUACGUUCUAUACAGGAGAGUAAGCGAUCCGCAGGUCGACUGGGAGAACAGAACAGUUAACAGAGGGGAAACCACGUCUUUAUUGGUGGCGUAUCUAGAAAAAUACGCAUCAUACCAGUUUGCCAUACAGGCUUUCAACGGCAAGGGUGUCAGUGAUUGGAGUGAAAUUGAGGAAAGGAAGACAGAUCAAGACGUACCUUCCGCGGCACCGGAGUUGAACACCGCUGAACCAAAAAACAGUACUAGUAUUGAAUUGACAUGGGAACCUGUUCCUAAAAGCAAUUUGAAUGGCAUUCUCACUAAGUAUGUCAUUAGGUUUUCAAUUGUUGAUGAUGAGAAGAAAAUAAAGAAGAAAGUAGAAAACUAUGCGUCAAAAGUGGUGAUAAAUGGGCUCAGAGCAUCGACUAGUUACUCGUUUCAAAUUUCGGCUGCAACUGUCAAAGGUGAAGGCCCAUGGAGCAAACCCAAGAAAGCUAAAACGAAAGACCCACCCGUCCCUCCUACUCCUAGCGACAUUGGGACAACUGAAGUUACUGUUGCCUUUGUGCCCAGGCAAAUUUUAAGUAGUGGAACAGAAGUCAGUUACUACCAAAUCAUGGUCGUACCCCUAAGAAAAGGAGAAGAGCCUGGAAAAUCAUCAGAUGAAGUCUAUGUUAAAGUAACCAGAAAAUAUGAAGAUAGAGUGGAAGGGGAACCCUACAUAACGGCCGAAUUUUCCAACAACAACGAGCGAAGAACAACGUUUCCUGUUGGAGAUGGGGAGUACUACUCGAGAAAAGGUCAUAUUGAAGCGAGAAGAAAGCACAGAGCGGGUUUUUUUUUAGAAUUCACCAAGUAUCUUAAUGGCAAGCUUGACGACGACACAGAGUAUGCUGUUUUCCAGCGUUCUCUUAGCAGCCCUAAUGAUUAUCAAAAUGAGGGAUUUACUCAAUUCAAAACCCGUAAACCGAUACCUCCUGUAUUGGAACCGGAGGAUAAGACCGUGAUUGUUGUUGGAGUAUUUAUAGGGCUGUUUAUAGUGUGUGUAGUUGUUGUCGGCGGAAUUGUGAUUGUCUGGUUGCGCGGUCGACAGCGGACCAAUGAGAAUGAGGUCGACGAAGACAUUCCUAUGGAAGACAGAGGUUAUGAAAACUUCGUUCCAGAAGGGGAAAUACCCGUCGAGGACUUUGAAGACCACGUGAAACACCUUAACGAUGAUGACUUAUUUUCUGUGGAGUAUGGUGCCAUACAUCCUCGAGGAAAUUUUACUUCUAAAGCCACUCUGUCCGAGGAGAACAAACACAAGAACCGUUACAACAAUAUUGUUGCGUACGACCACAGCCGAGUGAAAUUAAAUCCAAUCAAAGGUGUACCAGGUUCUGACUACAUUAACGCCAACUUCUUGAACGGUUAUCAGAAGGAGAAGGCAUACAUCGCCACCCAAGGACCACUUGAACACACCACAGAUGACUUCUGGAGAAUGGUCUGGGAGCAAGGGACAAAAACCAUCGUCAUGGUGACAAACUUGGAGGAGAAGGGUCGCCUGAAAUGUCACCAGUACUGGCCAUCAGAAGGUACAGAAUCGUAUGGUGACAUUAAAGUAACCUUGGUGCAGACGGUGGAGCUCAGUGAAUUCACCAUCCGCACCAUGACUCUAAACCACGCCAAUAACACCGAGCAACGAACUGUCAAUCAAUAUCAUUACACAGUAUGGCCGGACCAUGGCGUUCCUGAGUGUCCAUCUUCACUCCUCACGUUUGUGAGAAAGGCUUCUGGAGCAAAUCCUCCAGACGCGGGGCCUAUGGUUGUUCAUUGCAGUGCUGGAGUGGGAAGAACUGGUACAUUCAUUGUGGUAGACGCAAUGUUACGCCGCAUUGCUGCAGAGAAAACAGUGGAUGUCUACGAUUAUGUCACGUCACUGCGACAAGAUAGAAAUUUGAUGGUGCAAGUUGAAGAACAGUACAUUUUGAUACAUGAUGUCCUGGUGGAGGCCAUCCAUUCCGGAUUUACUGAGAUACACGCAAAUGAUCUCAGAUCUCACAUUAAGAACCUCAUGCAAGUGAACCAAACGAGUGGCCAAAGUGAGAUGGAUGAGGAGUUCAUUCGGUUAGGUCGCUGCUUCAGCGCUUCUCAGUUCACAACUCAGGCUGCUAACAUGGCCUGCAACGUGACCAAGAAUCGUUAUCCAAAUGCGUUUCCUUAUGAUGAAACCCGGGUUAAACUGAGUGUAAUCUCUGGCGUGGAAGGCUCCGACUACAUCAAUGCUAACUUCAUUGAUGGUUACAUGGCCAGGAGAGCAUUUAUUGCAACUCAGGCACCCAUACCUGACACUAUUCCAGACUUUUGGCGAAUGAUCUGGGAACAAGAAUCUUCCACCAUAGUCAUGUUAUCCAAGGAAACAGAAGGUGGCAAGGUUAAAGUACACCAUUACUGGCCUGCAGAGAAGCCCACGCACAUUGGAACUUUGGUAGUGGAAAAGACAAGUGAGAUGACCUAUGAAGACUACACGAUGAGAGAAAUGAAACUCACCCAUACCAAGGAAAGUGCAUCGCGAGUUGUUCGACAAUAUCACUACACUGGAUGGCCCGACUCAGGAUCCCCAGAAUCAGGGACUGGUUUAAUCGAUCUUAUUGGCCAGGUGCAACGAUGGCAGCAGCAGUCAGGCAACACCAAGAUCACU